GCUCUUUCCUCCGGCUGAGCCAGAAUCGUCAGUUUUAUACGCAGAGACGAGAUAAUCGCGUCGUUCGACUCAAAUAGCAACUUCUUGCUUCAGCAAAUCCAGUCAUGUUCGGAGGAAUCGGAGGAGCUUUGAAAAGCCUGUCUGGGAAGGCAGAGGAGAUGAUAGAAAAAACCAAGACAUCAGUUGGAGAAAUGGCAGCAGAAAAGAAGGCAGCAGCCGCUGCCAUGCUUGAGGCCCAGGCUAAGAAGACAUCUGAUGCCCUUUGGCAGUCAAAGUCCAACGUUGAGGCGGGACUGGCUGAAGGGGCUGCAGAGGCCAAGGCAGCUGCAAUCGACGGUUUUGACGCUGAGCUCUCAAACGCUGAGAAGUUGGUCGACGAGGGGGUGACCGAGAACAAAACACCCAAACCCGCGACAACUGAUUCCGGCUUUGACCCUGCUAAAUUGCUGGCAAGUACGGCACUCGCCGGAGGCGUCCAGGGCAUGGAAAAGGAGGUAGAAAAAGUGGUUGAUGAAAAACUGAAAGAGGUGGGCCAGACCGUGGACACCAAAUUGAAAGAAGCGGACCAAUACAUCGAUCAAAAACGUGAUGAAGUGGUUAAGGUGGUCCAAGAAGAAACCCAAAAAACAGCCAAUUCUGCGGGUGAAGGACUUGGCUCUGUACUCGGAAAGGCAAAAGGCCUUCUCCCUUUUUAAUUGAUUAAGCAAAGCAGUUCAGCGGCCCCACUUGCUUCUUUCUUAUAAUUAUACAAUACCAUAAGUAAUGUUUUGCACAUAGUACAGUUUAGAAAAUGUUAGCAAUUACUUAUCUGUAAUAGGAAAUAUAAGCAAAACUUUUGAGAAAUGUCGUAAUAUUAUUGUUUUAAUAAGAAAAAAAGAAAAUUUGGAAAAUAAAAAUAAAAAAAUAAGAAAAAAAAACAGAAAAAAUAAAAAUGGUUUUUAAAGGCCUAAAAAAAGGUGAUCUAUUCAAAAGUGCUGAGGCACUAGCAAUUGUCUAGAAUUGAAAGAUUUUUAAUUAUUCAAACCAACCGAGUAAAUAAUGAAAAUUUUCUUUUUGAAAUUCAAAAUCAAUAUGGAAAAGUGUUAAUUCGAUGUAUGUACAUUAAAAAAGUUCUUCAGAGUUUUAAUAAGUGAUUGGAUCAGUAUUGUAGUUACUAAAUUAUCGAAAAUGAUAAGUUAGCACUGGUUGUUCAUUUGAUAAACCUACACAGCAGCAUGAUCUGUUUCGAUGAGAACUAUCAUCCAAAUCAAUUACAUACCUUGACCGUUAAAUUUUCUUCAUUGUCGGCCAAUAUGACAAAGUUAAUUGGAAAAUGUCCAUACAAAAAUGAUUCAACCCAAUAAUUUUACUUGGUAUACAUAGUUCCUUCUAUACUUCACUUCAGUGUAGCUAUAUGCUUGUGCUGUAGGGGGUUUAUUAACAAUUGUACUUUUUAUUAUUGCUAACUGCAAAGUGCGGCAUCGCUUGUUAAAUAUAAAUACUAUUGUUGAAGUGUUAAAACCUCAUUUUAUUGCAAAAAAUGUGAUAUGUAACCGUAGAACCCCCUCCAAUAAAAAAGAAAAAAAAAAUGAUUAUGCACCAGUCUAACUUGCCAAAUGUUUAUAUAUAAAUAUUUUAGUAUUUUAUUUUUUAUAAGAUAGUUGCUUGUCACAAAGGUAUAAUUGUUUCGUUGUUGACACUGUUAGUUGAAUAAAUUUCAGAUAGUUUAUAUUUUUCAUAAAGCCUAGUUCCCUCUGCCUUACUUUCAAAAUUAUAUGUCAAUUACGUGUAUAUUAUAGCACAAUUGUGUAAUUGUAUUUUAAAUUUAUUCUAAAGCAAAUUGAAUCUAUAUAUGUAUAUUUUUGGAAGAGCUUUGCGACUGUAUGGGUUCUUUCACGGUCGAGGCAAGGAUUGAUUAUACCACAUUUCUCUGUCGUAAACUAUCUUUCGUACUUCUAUCUUUGUCGAAGCAUUUCUAAAGUCCUUGAGUAUCUAAUUCUGUAAUGUAAACAUUUACCCCUCUGUGUAAUGUAAUGUAAUAAAAGUGUUUUAUGAAAGGACA